UUGUCCGAACAUUUUAACUAACAAAUUUGCGUCUAAUCUGAAAAAUCACACAACAAAACAUCAACAUAGUCAUUGAUUCUCUCUCUCUUUCACUAUCUUUUCCCCUCUUCAGGCUUUGGUUCUUUCCAAACUCUGUCUCUCUGGUGUUUCUUUUGUUUUUUUUUUAGUUUGUCAGUGGGGUAUUAUUUCCUUCUCUUCACUCACUGGCUGUGAAAACUCGAACAAUUACUGGUGUAUUUCGAGAGGGUGUGUUAAAAAAAGUUGUAAAAAAUGGAGAGGAAGCAAGGGUUCUUUUCGGCGCUGAAAGAGGAGGUGGUUCGAGGGCUUUCACCGGCGAGGUCACGUGCUAAGAGUCCGGCAAGGAGUGCUUCACCGAUGUCAGGGUUGCUCCGGCGGAGGAGGAAGCAGCAGGGGCCACCGGCGGAGUUGUUCUUUACGAGAUCGGGAAGCUUGAGGCCCGUGGAGGCACUCUCGCCGUUGAAGGAGGGACCCGAUGGAAACGAUGAGCAAGACUCUAACAGAGGGGAAGGAAGGUGGGGCCACUGGAUGAAGGGACCACUUUCCAGGGCACCUUCUGUUUCAUCUUCUUCUUCAGCUUCAUCUUCCUCUUCAUGCAAAAAGUCCGAUCUGAGGUUGUUACUUGGUGUAUUGGGUGCGCCUCUCGCUCCCAUCCAUGUCUGCACCACUGACCCAUUUCCUCAUCUCAGCAUCAAAGACAUCCCCAUUGAAACUUCUUCUGCUCAGUACAUACUGCAGCAGUUCAUUGCUGCUUCAGGAGGGCAAAAGCUUCAAAAUUCCAUUAACAAUGCUUAUGCCAUGGGAAAGGUGAGGAUGAUAGCCUCCGAGUUUGAGACAGCUAACAAAGUCACGCGCAAUCGGAAUUCCUCCAAAGCUGCAGAGUCGGGUGGGUUUGUCUUGUGGCAGAUGAAUCCGGACAAGUGGUACGUGGAGCUUGCUCUUGGUGGAAGCAAGGUUCAUGCUGGUUGCAAUGGGAAACUUGUGUGGCGGCACACACCUUGGCUUGGGGCACAUGCAGCGAAAGGGCCAGUUAGGCCUUUGCGACGUGCUCUUCAGGGUCUUGAUCCAAGAACAACUGCAAGCAUGUUUAUUAAUGCAAGAUGCAUUGGGGAGAAGAAGAUAAAUGAAGAGGACUGUUUCAUUCUGAAACUUUGUGCAGAUCCCUCGACAUUAAAAGCCAGGAGUGAAGGCCCAGCAGAGAUCAUAAGGCAUGUUUUGUUUGGGUACUUUAGUCAGAAAACAGGACUUCUUGUUCACUUGGAAGACUCCCAUUUGACCCGUAUUCAGAACAAUGGAGGUGAUGCUGUAUAUUGGGAGACCACGAUAAAUUCAUUUCUUGAUGACUACAAGCCUGUUGAGGGGAUUAUGAUUGCUCACUCAGGUCGUUCUGUAGUAACACUUUUCAGGUUUGGGGAAACAGCAAUGAGCCACACUAAAACCAGGAUGGAAGAAGCAUGGACAAUUGAGGAGGUGGCGUUCAACGUCCCUGGCCUUUCCAUGGACUGUUUCAUUCCUCCAUCUGAGCUAAGGUUUGCUUCUAUGAGCGAAGCCUGUGAACUUCCUCAAGGUCCUAGGGUGAAGACUGCUGUGGCAGCAGCUGCAUACCAUGCCAAAGUUGCUCAACUACAAAAAUCACAUGGAAGCAAUAUGAAUAACAUUAACUGGACAGUGGAUGUUUAGCAAGGAGGAAGUUUCUGGAUUAGCUUAGGUGUCUAGUUUUAAUACUUUUGGUGGAUUUGCUGACAAAUUACUGCAGGUAAAUGGUAAGAUUGCAGCAGGGUUGUCAAAGAGUUUUCUGCUGUGGGUCAUUGCCUCAUCAAAUUUGUAAAUAGAAAUGAUCAGUUACAGAUCCCGGAAAGUGAAUUUUAAUACUCUGGGUUUUUUGGUGGAUGAUUAUGCGCAUCAAGGUUUGUUUUUUCCACUUGUUUUCCAUAAAUAUGAAACUGGGAAUCUGCUGAUCAUUUUAUAAGCUAUAAUUCCUAUAAAGUUUAUUUUCCCCCUCCUGUGAAAAGCAUUCGACCAUGAUGCUUAAAGAUCACAGUUAUAGCCUAGAUUUCAUCACUGAAAAGUUUUUGCUUUGAGUUUCAAGGCACUAAUAUUGAUAUUGAUGAUGGUACCCUAGCGAAAUUUCCACCAUCUUUGACGGAAACUAUGUAGGAUUGAAGAACUCUUAAAUGGGUUUAAUGCUGGUUUUUAUUAUGAAUUGUAAACUAAGUAGCCAGAGUAAGCAGAAGCUAAAUUAUUCCUAGAUCUAUGAUUUUUAUGCUUUUAAGGGCACAUACAUUGACAAUUUGCCUCAAGGUUGUAACAGUAUUUAAUUGUAACUUACUGUUCGAACUAUUUAUAGAUU